AUGAAGUUAUGGUUAAAACAAGCAAAAUCGUCGAUUCCUUAUACUAGUUAUGACGCUCAUAUUAUUAUGACCCCGUAUGCCGAUGGUUUGGUUCAAGAAACUAGCACUGUUGGACUCGCAGUGCAGCCAAGUGCUUGCUCUGCUGCAAUACUUGAGAAUCCGAACGGAGGAAUCAUUUAUGAUCCUUAUGAUUUCAGAGCUAUUGUUAUCGGUGCGCAUGAGCUAGGCCAUAUAUUGGGCGCCGGUCAUGAUGAUGAUUCCUGUGGUGAGGGUUACAUAAUGGCAUCUCACGAAUCAAAUUCACAAAAGACUUGGUCACAGUGUUCGAUAGAUGGUUUCCGUAAAACUCUACGGUAA